AUGGCACAAAUACACAUCACACCCCCUCCACUACCAACACCACCACCAGAUUUCUCACUCGCCUCUCUCCGUUUGGAUUCUCUACCGCUGGGCUCGCUACCAAAACAUUCGCUUCCGCGCCUCGCACCCAUCGCACGCCCCAUUUCGCACGUAAUCCAGGCUCACGAGACCAAAUGCGGAAUAUGUUUCCAGCAGCUAUUCAGAACCAACAUGGGCGAAACCAUCAACCACAUCAACGCAUGCUGGGGCGCUAGAAUUGAGAAAACCGCGAGGAAAAAAAUAAAGGUUUGCACUGAGAAUACACGGGAAGACAGUAGCGAGGAGAAACUGCAUGAUACCAGAAUUCCGAUUCCGAUUCUCGAUUCAGUCAUAAGUACACCAGCGCAAACUGCACUGUGUCCUCCACAUGAUGCUACCGCAGAAACCUCAUGCGUCCUAUGCUGCGCCACGCUACCACAAGAUGAUUCUCUAGAUACUAUCCACCUCCUCCUCAGCUGUCUGGCACAGUACCGCCCGGACACAUGUCCCAUGUGCGCACACCCCUUUAGGUCUUUGACUGAACCGCAAGACCUGAUUUUGGCAUUGGAACAUAUUUAUACACUGCACUAUGCCCCUUUUUCUCCGUCUACACCUCUGUCUCCGUCUUUAUCGUUGGGUUCCUCCUCGUCUCCACCCAGCACACAACAUACGUUCACCGACCUCAUAAUAGCAUAUCUCGGGCGCGUAGAAUGCUCAACGCGGCUGCUGCACAAGCAGUAUGGAGAAAAAGCGUCGUGGACUGCGCAGCAGCAUCAGAGGGCGUACUUGCAGAAGAGGCGGGGGCGCGCGCGGAAGGCGAGUGUGUAA